AUGGGGAGGAUCAGGGAAAACCACUUUGGGAUUUUGACUUUUUCCUUAUUGUUGACCUUCAUCUGGGCUCAAAGCGUCAAGGAUAUUAAGGAUCCGAGCAAUAUGCCUCUUGUGAAGGAAACAGUGGACCGGCUGAUGAAAGGAUACGACAUUCGGUUGAGGCCGGAUUUUGGAGGUGCUCCUGUGGCGGUGGGGAUGAAUAUUGACAUUGCAAGCAUAGAUAUGGUAUCUGAAGUAAAUAUGGACUACACUUUGACCAUGUACUUCCAACAAGCGUGGCGGGACAAGCGCCUCUCAUACUCAGAGAUCGCCUACAACCUGACGCUGGACAACCGGGUGGCUGACCAGCUCUGGGUCCCUGACACCUACUUCCUCAAUGACAAGAAGUCCUUUGUUCACGGCGUCACGGUCAAGAACAGGAUGAUCCGUCUCCACCCCGAUGGGACGGUGCUUUACGGGCUCCGCAUCACUACGACUGCUGCCUGCAUGAUGGACCUGCGCCGCUACCCUCUGGAUGAGCAAAACUGCACUCUGGAGAUAGAAAGCUACGGAUACACCACAGAUGACAUCGAGUUUUACUGGCGAGGUGGGGACGGCGCUGUGUCUGGGGUCGACAGGAUAGAGCUGCCGCAGUUCUCCAUUGUUGACUACAAGCUCAUCUCCAAGAAUGUUGUCUUCUCGACAGGUUCUUACCCCCGCCUGUCUCUCAGCUUCAAACUGAAGAGGAACAUCGGUUACUUCAUCCUGCAGACAUACAUGCCUUCCAUCCUGAUUACCAUCCUCUCCUGGGUCUCCUUCUGGAUCAACUAUGAUGCAUCUGCUGCCAGAGUGGCCCUGGGAAUCACUACGGUGCUGACCAUGACAACCAUCAACACUCACCUGCGAGAGACGCUCCCCAAGAUCCCCUAUGUGAAGGCCAUCGACAUGUACCUGAUGGGCUGCUUUGUGUUCGUCUUCCUGGCUCUGCUGGAGUACGCUUUCGUCAACUACAUCUUCUUCGGCCAGGGUCCCCAGAGACAGAAGAAGGCGGCUGAGAAAGCGGCCACGGCCAACAACGAGAAGCUGAGACCCGACCCCAAUAAGUGGCUGGUGGGAAAUGUAGUUCAAAGAGAUGAUGCUCUGUAUGCCAGAAUGAAACAGAGGGAAAUUGACGCAUAUGACUCGAUGUGGGAUCCCAUCUUUGUGGACGAUGCCGCUUUAGGACUAGGCGAUCAAAGAAAUAAGAUGACCCCCGAUGACAACAUCCUGUUCAGCGCCAUGGAGAUGAAGAAUGAGAUGGGCGGUGCCGGGGAUCUGUCCCGGGGUCUGGGAGCUCCCACGGAUCCCCGCAACACCAUGCUGGCCUACGACAGCUCCACGCUGCAGUACCGCAGGGCGGCCAUGGCCCGGCAAAACUAUGGCCACAGUGCCUUGGAGCGCCACGCCCAGAAGAAGUCCCGCCUACGGAGACGGGCCUCGCAGCUCAAGGUGAACAUCCCAGACCUGUCCGACGUGAACUCUAUCGAUAAGUGGUCCAGGAUGAUCUUCCCCACCGUCUUCUCCUUCUUCAACGUGAUCUACUGGCUCUACUACGUCCAUUAAACCCCGGAGAGCCAGGAGGCCGGCUUCCCGCCAGACGACUGACGAAGACGAAUUAGCGUGAAAAAAUCAAGAAAGAUAAAUAAUUUGCGUGAGAGAGAGAAUGCGAGAUGAAAACCGUGUGCUGACUUUUUUAGAGCUGGUUUGUUUCAGACGACGUGAGGAGAACACAGAGACCUUUUUGCAGCGGCACCCACUUCAGUCAGCAGUGACUCUUUUAGGAUUUGGAAAACACCUUCAAGUGACUGACGAGCACUCGAAUAAAAGAAGAGUGAAUAAACAAAAAAAGAGAGACAGAAAAGGUGCCUGUUCCAGAAUUUCAAUAUAUCACUAAUAUUUGUCAUUCGUAGCUUACUAUCGCUCUGUGGAUCAAAAUAUUUAUGCUUGUGUUUGCAUAUACUUUGAGGAUUUCUUUUGUUUAGUAUCUAUUUACUUCGUAGCCGAGCUGUCUGCAUCCAGGAAAAGCUUUAUAAAUGAUUUAAAAGGAGGUCAUCCUUGAUAGUCUAUUUUCCUAUAUUUACUGUAUAUCAGAAACAUCCUUUUAAAAAAAAAAGCAUGCUUAUUUUUGGUUUUGUUUUCAUCUCAGCGAUGAUGAUAAAUGACAGUAUUUUGGUUGUCCUAGUUGAAGGUUUCUUGCAGUUAACUUAGCACAGGCCACCAGAAUUGCAACAGGUGAACAGCAGGGGGCAGUCUUAUCUCUGGAGCUUUAAUGAUCAAAGAAAGAGCAGAUCUGGGGAAGCUGAUGCUUUUGAUAAGGUUUAUUUUACUUUAUCUGUGCUGACAGAUUCCCUUCCAUUUAUCUGCGAGGUUUCAUUUUCCUUUCCAAAUACGUUUAACUGAGUGAUUUAUUUUUUUUCCUCUACCGUGCAGAGAAUGGCUUUAAUUUAACGCGAGCUGGCGUAAAGAACUUUCCCGAUGGCGCGAGCUUCAUCGCUGCAUAAAUAUGGCAAUCCACAACCAUCGUUACGAGUAGGAACUGAAUGAUAGGAGUAAGAUGCAUUUCAUUGUGAUUAGGUUUCUGUUUCCAGAAAAAGAAAAAUAAUUAUUAAAAAAUACUGUAGAUAACAUAUUUAAUGAAAAAAAUUAUUCAUUUUUAUAAAUCAAUACUCACUUUAUUGUGUAAAUAUUAUGAAUUUAUUCUAUUUAAAUGGGUCUUUGUUGUUGUUUUCUGCAGUUGAAUUACAGCUCAAAUGUUCCAUUUAGUCAAAAAGAAAAAGAAAGGAAAAAAAAAUCUCAGCUUAAGAAGAAAUAAAACACAAUUUACAACUUUGCUGACUAUACUUUUGGGACUUUUCUCUCUUUCUCUCUCUCUGUCUCUUGUUUUUUUUUUUUUUUCCUUUUCUUUUUAAUGGACUCUGAAAGCAUCUACUUGCUGAAACUAAAGCACUUCCAGACACCACUGACUUUUGGGUCAAUGUCUCACGCUCCUGAAACAACAUAACCAGGAUCCCUCCCCUUACUAUCCAGGCAUUGAAGUCAGGCAUAUUUUGUACAAAGUUUCUGUAAAUUCUAAUUGUAAUAUUUCAUAAUGACUGUAAAUAUCUUGUGUAAUAACUGUCAGCAAUUAUGAAGAUGUAUCUAAAUUGAAUUAAAACUCAGUUAAGUCUA